UCGAACGGUCCGUUCCACAAUGACACCGUCUCUCCCUUCCUUCCUCCCUCCCUCCUGUUGAAAAACAGGCAUUCGGAGGACAUCGGCGAAGACCAAGCAGAAUGGCUAACCCUCCGAAGCCAUGGAAGGCGGAGUACGCUAAGUCCUCACGAUCCUCCUGCAAGACCUGCAAACUGCCCAUUGACAAGGAUAGGCUUCGUCUCGGCAAGAUGGUUGCCGCUACCCAGUUCGACGGUUACAUGCCUAUGUGGAAUCAUGCUGCCUGCAUCUUGAAGAAAGCAAACCAAAUUAAAUCUAUUGAUGAUGUUGAAGGCUUGGAUUUGCUUCGAUGGGAAGACCAACAAAAUAUUCGGAAACAUGUUGAGGUUGGAACUCUGGGUACUAAAACACAUUCUGCAAGUGCUGAUGAGUGCAGCAUUGAAGUUUCACAAACUUCUCGUGCUACCUGCAAACUUUGCAACCAAAAAAUUGAGAAAGGAAAGGUUCGUGUAUCUGCAAAGCCCAAUGAACAGGGUAGCAGAGGUGUUUCUUGGUACCAUGCUAACUGUUACGUGGAUAUUCAUUCAUCUAUCAGAAUGGAGGAGCUAAGGGGCUGGGUUGACCUACCAAAUGAGGAAAAAAUUUGCCUCACCAGAAUUUCUAAGAAAGAAGCACUAGAUAAUGAGGUCUCACAACAGUCCAGGGGAACAAAACGCAAAAAAGCUGUUACUACAGAGAAUCAGAAAAAAGUUCCCAAAGCAGAAGAAAAUGCCUCAGCAAGAAUCAAUUCUACUAAAAACAAAGCCACUGAAUUAGGAAAGGUUGGGUCCGAUGCAGCAAUUUUGGAAAGAAAGCUUGAAGAGCAGACAAAGGCAUUGUGGGCUGUAAAGGAUGAUCUCCGUAAACAUGUUAAAACAGUGGAACUGCGAGAAAUGCUUGAAGCUAAUAAUCAAGACUCAGCAGGAUCAGAAUAUGAUUUGCGGGAGCGAUGUGCUGAUGGGAUGCUCUUUGGUGCACUAAGCAGCUGCCCCGUCUGUUCAGGUUCACUUCAUUAUUCUGGAGGAAACUAUAGAUGCCAUGGGUAUGUGUCUGCAUGGAGUAAGUGUUCUUAUUCAUGCAAUACACCUGACCGCAUACAAGGAAAGUGGAAAAUUCCAGAAGGGACAGCUAGUGAUUACCUUUGUAAGUGGUUCAAAUCCCAAAAAGUUAAAAAGCCUGCCCGAGUUCUUCCUCCAGAAUCUUUGAACCAACCAAGUGCAAGUGUGGGUGCCAGAUCAUCUGCUUUCUCUGACAGUGGAAGAUUGGCAGAUUUAAAGGUUGCUAUUGUUGGCAAAUCGGGGGAACCACUGGAAAAGUGGAAAAAAAUGAUCAAAGAUGCAGGCGGAGUAUUUCAUGCAAAGACAAAAAAAGAAACAAGUUGUUUGGUUGUCAUGGGUGAAAUCGAUGAACUUGUGGUGGAGGUUAGAAAAGCUAGAAGGAUGAAGGUGCCCAUUGUAAGAGAAAAUUAUCUGGUUGAUUGUAUUGAGAAGCAGAGGCGACUUUCAGUGGCACAAUAUGUGGUUGAGUCUGUUGUUGAGGUUUCAAAAAAUGAGGUAAUGACUGUAAAAGUUAAAGGGCGAAGUUCUGUGCAUGAAUCUUCUGGUCUGCAGGAUUCUGGUCAUAUAUUGGAGGAUGGAAAUAGCAUAUACAAUACGACUUUGAAUAUGUCUGAUUUAUCAACUGGGAUUAAUAGCUUUUAUAUCCUGCAAGUUAUUGAAGAUGAUCGAGGUGCAGAUUGUUUUGUGUUUCGAAAAUGGGGUCGAAUUGGAAAUGAUAAGAUUGGUGGAACCAAAUUGGAGGAGAUGUCAAAAUCUGAUGCAAUCCAUGAAUUUAAACGUUUAUUCCUAGAGAAAACUGGAAAUACAUGGGAGGCAUGGGAAGGGAAGCAAAAUUUUGAAAAGCAGCCUGGCAGAUUUUUCCCGUUGGAGAUUGAUUAUGGGGUUAAUAAACAACUAAUUGAAAAAGAUCAUUACCAUGAGAGCCAGCUAGCUCCAAGAUUGUUGGAAUUGAUGAAGAUGCUUUUUGAUGUUCAGAAAUACAGAGCUGCUAUGAUGGAGUUUGAAAUUAAUAUGACAGAGAUGCCUCUUGGGAAAUUAAGCAAAAGCAAUAUCCAAAAGGGAUUUGAAGCAUUAACAGAGAUUCAAAACCUGUUAUCAAAUCAGACGUACAUGCCAUCUAUGAAGGCGAGCUUGAUUGUUGAUGCAAGCAACCGCUUUUUCACUAUAAUACCUUCAGUCCAUCCACAUAUUAUCAAAGAUGAAGAUGAUCUUAAGUCAAAGGUAAAAAUGUUAGAAGCUCUUCAAGAUAUGGAAAUAGCUUCUAAAAUUGUUGGUUUUGAUAUUGAAAGUGACGUCUCUCUCGAUGAGAAGUAUAAGAAGCUUUGCUGUGAUAUUGUGCCACUAGACCAUGAUAGUGCAGAUUAUCAGCUGGUUAAGAAGUUCCUUCUCAGCACACAUGCCCCCACACACAAGGAUUGGGCUCUUGAGCUGGAAGAUGUUUAUGCACUUGAAAGGGAAGGGGAGUUGGACAAAUAUGCACCUUACAAAAGCAAGCUCAAGAAUCGAAUGCUACUCUGGCAUGGUUCUAGAUUGACAAAUUUUGUUGGUAUUCUCAGUCAAGGUCUAAGAAUAGCACCUCCUGAAGCCCCGGCAACUGGAUAUAUGUUUGGUAAAGGCAUCUAUUUUGCGGACCUGGUCAGUAAGAGUGCACAAUAUUGUUACACUGAUAAGAAGGACCCAGUGGGCUUGAUGCUUCUCAGUGAAGUUUCUUUAGGGGAGAUGUAUGAGCUCAAGAAAGCAACAUAUAUGGAAAGACCUCCUGAAGGCAAGCACUCAACCAAAGGGAUAGGCAAAACCAUGCCUAAACUGUCGGACUAUGAAAAAUGGAAGGAUGAAGUUGUCGUGCCAUGCGGCAAGCCAGUUUCAUCGCGUAUUAGGGCAUCUGAACUCAUGUACAAUGAGUACAUAGUUUAUAAUACAUCACAGGUGAAAAUGCAGUUUCUGCUCAAGGUAAGGUUUCAUCACAAGAGGUAACUAUGCAACUAUUUGGAUAAACAUAUGGGGAUACAAGACCAUGGCACUGUGGCACUGCAUUUUGAAGGGCGCGCUGAGAUAUGUAUAAAUUUUGGAUUGCUAGUGCGAUGCAGGUUUUAGGUGUUCUAUAUAUAUAUAUAUAUAGAGGGAGAGAGAGCGAGAGAGAGAGAGAGAGAGAGAGAGAGAGAGAGAGAGAGAGAAUGGCUUCAGUCUGUCAGGUUGCUCUGUUUGCAUCUGCGAAUGGCUUCAGUCUGAUUGGGUUUUUGUGGUUCAGUUUGCAUCUGCAUCUGAUGGGCAGGAUGUAUCUAGUCGUUCUCAUGCUAAAACUUAUUUGAGCUCCAACAAUUCCACGUUUCAGUGCUCACAGAGACAUUGGCGUAAA